AUGGGUUUCUCUCAACUGGCCCUGCUGGCUUGCCUGACCAUUGCAGAAGCGGCAACAACACCAAGAUCCCAGUCACUGCACCGUGUGCACCGAGCAAACGACAGCCUGCCAGCGAUAUUCGGUUCAAAUGGCACCACCAUCCUCAAAGGGACCACUACGGCUCCUGGCGUGGUCAUCCUCGACUACGGUGCUAAUGUCGAAGGCCAUCCCACUUUCGAAGUCCUUUCAGCCACUGGCGAUACGUCUGGUCUAGAGAUCACGUAUAGCGAGACUAGAGCAGUACUAGACAGUUUCUACACCAGCGAUGGUCCAAUCGCUUUGGCCGCAGCUAUGGACACCUACAGAGUCAAUCAGUACAAUGUCACUGGGCCUAUGAUACAUACCAAUCGACUCAUCCAGGGUGGCUUCAGAUACCAGAAGCUCAACCUCUCGACGACAGGCGAACUGGUCUUGAAGAACGUCGGUGUGAGGCCCACGAUCCCGAACAUACCCCUUGAUCAACUACCGGGAUACUUUGAGACCUCGGAUGAGGAGCUCAAUCGAAUCUGGAAGGUUGGAGCGCGGACAGUUCAAUUAAACGACAUUCCUGCGCACUCCAUUCCGGCGUUCUGGCAGGUCUCCUCCGAAGGUUCUCUGGUAGAGAGCCAAGCCCCUCAAGUCCUGUCAGGCGGCGCCGCUGCUGGACUGAUGAGCUACCAGCUUGCAUUCGAAGUCGAGCCUAUUACUAAAGGAUUCGGCUUCUCCGUACUGGCCGACACUCUCAACUCCGGAAUCUACAUCUUCUGCAAUAUUGUCAACGGAUCGAUCUCAGCACACUUCGGAUCCACUGAGGAUUCUCCUCCCCUUGCAUUCGCGGAAUUGCCAGCAAACAUUACCCUUGGUAUCUGGCACAAAGUGGAAGCUACUGUGGAUACGACUGGCAUCGCAGUAUCUUUCAAUAAGGUUCCCGUUCUCGAAUUCUCGCAGACUUCGGCAUUCUUCGGAUCCUUUGGGUUGGGCGCGUCAUUCGGCCACUCUGCCGUGUUUCGCAACUUGUCUGCUACGACUCUAACAGGCCAAUCGAUCUAUUCAGCCUCUUUGACGGACGAGGCGUUCUUGCCGGACUUUCUAAUGGGCACAAACCCGCACGAUACAACGGUCGACGGCUCGAAACGCGACCGCAUUGCGUAUGCCGGCGAUCUAGAUAUUGCGCUCGUAUCCUCGCUGUCGAGUACCAACGGCAUCAGUUACAUCAAAGGCACGCUCGAUCUUCUUGGUUCCUUCCAACUGACCCCAGGAUUCUUCGCACCCACGGCAAAGAUCCAACAAGAGCCACUUGCAUCUCCAGUCGAUGCCAACGUCACUGGCCUGAUUGGCUACUCCUUCAACCUCCUCACCGCAGCUGCAAACUUCUACAUGCGCAGCGGCGACGUCGAUAUGCCAAAGACGUGGGCACCCAAAGCCGUACGCAUGUUGGACUGGGCACACUCUCAAGUCCUGCCCGAAAGCGGGUUGUUGAACAUCACCAACCCUGCCUUGGGCGGCGACUGGAACUAUUACGAUCCAUCGCAGGCGGGUGUUGUUACCAAGUUCAACAUGGUCUACGCAUACGCACUCCAGGAGUGCAUCAGGCUCCUUGCAGACGGUGGCAUCGACACCGAGCCAUACACUACCCGCCUUGAUGCUCUGCGCAUCGCGAUCGACCAGAACCUUUGGUCUAAUGAACUCAACGCCUACUACCUCUCCCAGUCCAUCGACAACAGCUUCGCACAGGACUCGAAUGCCCUGGCCAUUCUCGCUGGUGUGACCAGAUCCAACCACACUCCCUCCCGCGUUCUGAGCACCCUCCGUCAGCUUUCAACACCAAACGGUCCUCUCGCUUUCUCGAACGGAACUAUCGCAGCCGGGUUCUCAAAGUACAUCAGCCCCUACGCAAGCGCCUACCACCUUCGUGCCGCAUUCGAGACCAACGACAGCGAGACGACCAUGGAUCUGCUCAAAAGCCUCUGGGCGCCAAUGGCCGACCCGCAAGGAGCAAACUACACCGGAUGCUUCUGGGAGACCUUGGACGCAGCCGGUGCGCCUGCACUUGGGAGGGGAACUAGCCUCUGCCACGGUUGGGCUGCAGGUCCCACUGGGGAGCUCAGCGAUCAUGUCUUGGGAGUGAAGCCCGUAGCUCCGGGGUACACUGAAUGGCGAGUCGCUCCUGUUACGCUGGACUUGAAGUGGGCUAGGGGCAGAGUCCCUGUGCCGGGUGGCACGAACCACGCGCGGGCAAUUGCUCGUUCAGGCGUUGAUUGGAUAUGCGUCGACACGGAGCACGGCAACAUCAACGACAGCCAAAUGCACGAAGCCGUAACCGCCAUCGCCCACGCGGGCGUAAGCCCUCUCGUCCGCAUCGCCGCCAACGAACCCUGGAUGGUAAAACGCGCCCUCGACAGUGGCGCCCACGGCGUCAUAGUCCCGCUCAUCUACACCGUCGACGACGCCAAAAAGCUCGUUUCCUCCGCCAAAUUCCCGCCAGAAGGAACGCGCGGCUUCGGCUCACCGCUACCAACACAGUGUUUCUCAAAUGAACCACUGACUUACUACCUGCGCCACGCAAAUACUUCGCUCCUCACCAUUGUGCAGAUAGAAACAGCGUCGGCGCUGGCCUGCUGCCGUGAAAUCGCCGCUUUGCCCGGUGUCGACUGUUUGCUGAUCGGGCCCUUUGAUCUUGGUAACAACAUUGGUCAUCCUAUUUUGACUCCGACUAUGGAUAAGGAGUUGGAGGAGGCGAUUGAGACGAUCAAGGAGGCGGCGCAUGCGGAGGGGAAGAAGGUGGCUAUGUAUUGUAACUCGGGCGAGGAUGCGAGGGGAUAUGUGGAGAGAGGGUUUGAUAUGGUAAGUGUGUUGACGGAUCAGAUGGGGAUUACGGGGGCGUUUGAGAGGAGUUUGGGGGUUGCGAGUGGGAAGGUGGAGGGGAGUGGGGUCAAGGGGGUUAAGGGAUACGAUGGCAGGUAG